CCGGCUUCAGCGUCGCCGCCAUCUUUGUUGAUGUGUCAGCUCCGCGGGGGUUUGAGGAAGCCGUGAAGGAGGGACCGUGGUGUCGGUCUUGUCCCUUUUCUCUGUCUCCUCGCACGUCCUGGCCUGCCGGUCCCCACAAUGGAGAAAUUAGGUCCUCAGCCGGAGCUUCAGCGGCCUCGGUAGGGGUGCGGCCUGAGGCUCGGAGAAGUGGGAUGUAAAACGAAGAUCGGGAACAGAUUUGAAGCAGUGCAGAGUGACGUGGUGGCAGUCAGCAUGUCAGAGGCAGAGCACGUAGCCUCCGUUUCCUCUGAUAAAAGUAUUGGGAAAACACUUGAAUUAAAGGAAGACUCCUGCAACUUGUUGUCUGGUGAUGACAGCAGCGGCUUAGAAAAUGAGUCUACGCUGCCAUCAUUAAAUUUUGAUAAAACUGUAUGUCAGCCUAACGAACACAGUCAGACUGAAGCACAGGAAAACUAUAUUCAGGAUCAUGGUGGAGGGGAGGAAUCUUGUGCUAAAACAGACUUACGCCCAGAAAAUUCUGAACAACUAGCUAAUUUUCCUGGUGGAGAUUUUACAGAGCAAGCUUCGAAAACACAUGAAACUGAGCAGGCAGUGACACAGAUACUGGCAGAAUUGAGGUCAUCUACGUUUACAGAAGCAGCAAAUCAAAAGGCUUAUUCGGAAAGUCCUUAUGAUACAGACUGCACCAAGAAACUUAUUUCAAAAAUAAAGAAUGUUUCAGCCUCAGAGGAUUUGUUGGAAGAAAUAGAAUCUGAGCUUUUAUCUACAGAGUUUGCAGAAGAACACCGAGUACCAAAUGGAAUGAAUAAGGGAGAACAUGCAUUAGUUAUGUUUGAAAAGUGUGUGCAGGAGAAGUAUUUACAGCAGGAGCACACCAUAAAGAAGUUAAUUAAAGAAAAUAAGAAGCAUCAGGAGCUCAUCUUAGACAUUUGUUCGGAAAAAGACCAUUUAAGAGAAGAACUAAAAAAAAGAACUGAAACAGAGAAGCAGCAUAUGAACACAAUUAAACAGUUAGAAUCAAGAAUAGAGGAACUUAGUAAAGAAGUUAAAGCUUCCAAAGAUAAACUAGUAGCUCAAGACAUUGCAGCCAAAAAUGCAGUUCAGCAGUUACAUAAAGAGAUGGCCCAUCGGAUGGAACAGGCCAACAAAAAAUGUGAAGAGGCACGCCAGGAAAAAGAAGCAAUGGUAAUGAAGUAUGUAAGAGGUGAGAAGGAAUCUUUAGACCUUCGAAAGGAAAAAGAGAUACUUGAAAGAAAACUCAGAGAUGCAAAUAAGGAGUCUGAGAAAAACACUAGCAAAAUUAAGCAGCUUUCUCAGGAGAAAGGACGGUUGCACCAGCUGUAUGAGACAAAGGAAAGUGAAACUACUAGACUCACCAGAGAAAUUGACAAAUUAAAAGAAGAUAUCAACUCUCAUGUCAUUAAAGUAAAAUGGGCACAAAACAAAUUAAAAGCAGAAAUGGAUUCACACAAGGAAACCAAAGAUAAACUCAAAGAAACAACAACAAAGUUAACUCAAGCAAAGGAAGAAGCAGAUCAGAUACGGAAAAAUUGUCAGGAUAUGAUAAAAACAUAUCAGGAGUCAGAAGAGAUUAAAUCAAAUGAGCUGGAUGCCAAGCUUAGAGUCACAAAAGGAGAACUUGAAAAACAGAUGCAGGAAAAAUCCGACCAGCUAGAGAUGCAUCACGCCAAAAUCAAAGAGCUGGAAGAUCUGAAGCGGACGUUUAAGGAGGGCAUGGAUGAACUACGAACCCUGAGGACCAAGGUGAAAUGUCUGGAAGAUGAGCGAUUAAGAACAGAAGAUGAGUUAUCAAAAUAUAAGGAAAUUAUUAAUCGCCAAAAAGCUGAAAUUCAGAAUUUAUUGGACAGAGUGAAAAUUAUGGAUCAGAUACAGGAACAACAUCAAAGAGAUAAACAAGAAAUUGAAAAUUUGAAGGAAGAAGAGGAAAGUCUAAAUUCUUUGAUUAACGACCUACAAAAAGACAUCGAAGGCAGCAGGAAAAGAGAAUCUGAGCUACUGCUGUUUACAGAAAAGCUCACGAGUAAGAAUGCGCAGCUCCAGUCUGAAUCCAAUUCUUUGCAAUCACAACUGGAUAAGCUUUCCUGUAGUGAAAGUCAGUUACGAAGCCAAUGUGAACAAAUGAAACAGACAAAUACUAAUUUGGAAAGUAGAUUGUUGAAAGAGGAGGAACUGCGGAAAGAAGAGGUCCAGACCCUGCAAGCGGAACUCGCCAGUAGACAGACGGAAGUUAAAGCCCUGAGCACCCAGGUCGAAGAACUAAAAGAUGAAUUAGCUACUCAGAGACGCAAACAUGCCUCAAGUGUCAAGGAUCUUGUCAAACAACUCCAGCAAGCACGAAGGAAGUUAGACCAGAUUGAGAACGGGAACUGUGACAAGGAAGUCAGCAGCAUGGGGAGUCGCUCGAGUUCGUCCGGAUCCCUCAAUGCUCGAAGCAGUACAGAAGAUCGAUCUCCAGAAAAUACUGGGUCUUCAGUAGCUGUGGAUAACUUUCCAGAAUUAGAUAAGGCCAUGUUGAUUGAGAGGAUAGUAAGACUGCAGAAAGCACAUGCUCGGAAAAAUGAAAAGAUAGAAUUUAUGGAGGAUCAUAUCAAACAGUUGGUAGACGAAAUUAGGAAAAAAACGAAAAUAAUCCAAAGUUACAUUUUACGGGAAGAAUCAGGCACACUUUCUUCAGAGGCAUCUGAUUUUAACAAAGUCCAUUUAAGUAGAAGGGGAGGCAUCAUGGCAUCUUUAUAUACAUCCCAUCCUGCGGACAGCGGAUUGACGUUGGAACUCUCUUUGGAGAUCAACAGAAAAUUACAGGCUGUUUUGGAGGAUACAUUACUAAAAAAUAUUACUUUGAAGGAAAAUCUACAAACACUUGGAACAGAAAUUGAACGUCUUAUUAAACACCAGCAUGAACUCGAACAGAGGACGAAGAAACCCUAACGAAAGCUCUUGUUCACUAAACAGAUAAAAGCCACAUAAGGAGCAGGUGCCACUGCCCAUUAUUGUUGGAAAUUUCUCCCUGCUUUGUGUCAGCCAGUAAAAAAUUGAUUUGCUUCAUCUGUAUAAAAAAGUAUCCUCUUACAAUAGGAAUGCAUUGCUGUGUAUACUGUAAGAGCAAAAGCUUUGAUGAAAUCUGUUUUUGUACAGUGGCAGCCUGUCCCUGAAUCAGAACAGCUGAAAUUGCUAAUAGGCCUACAAAACGCUGAACGUUCCUACAAGGGCUUUUGAAGACCCCUUCUCCAUGUUUCUUCCUUUUAAAACACAUCAUGUCAAAAAUGAUUCAGCUGUAUAAUACUAUGCAUGAAAGUACACAUGUUCAUCAUUCCGUAAUAUGCUGUUUCUCCAACAUGAAAAAACUAAAGUGAUAAAGAUUUUAUUUGACCUUCCAGUAUCCCAUCUGGUUGUGUGCUAGGGGUGCCAGUGAGUCUUUACAUUUGGCCAUUUUGAUGGAAGCUGACGGGAAAGCCAGCUCUUGGUCGCCAGCAAUAAUCAGCUGUUGCAUAUCUCCACCAGGUUUCCUUCUCUGUGCUAGGUACGUUUUGUCAGAUUCAAAUUGUUUGAGUUCAUAGUUGAGUUUUUUUAGUCCUCAGUUACACAAAAUGUGAUUUUAAAUGUGCUCAUUUAGAAAAUCUCUGUGGACUUCAGUUGUGUUUUAAAAUGUGAAAUAGAUUAUUCAUUAGAGAGAUGAAUAAUGAAUUCUUUGAAACUGAAAUACCCUAGUUUUACUGACACCAACUAUUAAAAUAAAUGUGUAAGAUUUUUAUGCAGAAGCAGUUGCGCAGAGAAUCCAGCAUAUGGCUGUUAGCCAUUUCAUUUGAGCACCAUUGUUGACCAUUGAUACAAUUAUGUUUUCCAGGGGAGUGAUCUUACAGUCCCCAAAUGUGAUGUGUUUCAGUAUAUUUAAAACACAAAAUAAUCACAUCUCUGUAACCAAAGGAAUUUUAGAGCCAAAUUUGCGUAUCCUGUUGGAUUUUUACAUGUUGCCAGUCCAUAACAUCAGUAUUUCUACAUCAUCGAAUUUUGUUCCCUCCUCCUUAUUUGUAUGUGUGGUUUUUCACAUUCCCUGAUAUGUAGAUCAUUUCUACAGUAGGACACCUUGGCUAAUAUGCAGAUGUUGCCACAGUGUCACUUUUGUUCUAGAGUUUUGCAUCCUUUUUUCUCCCCUUAAGAGAAGUAAGCUUUGGGACGAUGAAUUAAAAGCCUUUAAGAAAUUGUAUGGCUCUAAAAGUUGGGCUAAUGGUCACAAUGUCCCGUUAGUGUGUUUUAACAUUUUUUAAGUCAACGUUGUUUAAAAAGAUCAUGUACUUAAUUUUUACUAAGGAUUCAAUGGUAGUGUCUUAUUUUUUCUGUAUAUCGAGUUAUGUCUUGUCACCCAAAACCAAAAUCUUUUCAAAACGGAAGUAGAAGUUUAAAACCAUCUUAUUUUUCAAAUAGCUGUAACAAGCGUUAGUCUUACCAUAAUGUGUCUUGUUCUUUUUACCAAUAAUAAUCUAUCAAAAUAAAAUAAGAGGGUAAGUGCAAUCACAUCUGAAUUAUUUUCCCCUUUGUUUCUAGACCUACUAUUGAUAUUCCUACAGACUGCUUAGAGCAGCCGACAAAACUACAUUCUUAUGGCUGCUUAUGUGAUAUUUAUACACUACAAUAUUUGUUUUUUUCCCCCACCCAGACACAAAAUGUAUGAAUGGAGACCAAAUAGUGAUCAGAUCAAGAGUGUCCUAUGUCUAUACACUUUACAAAUAUAUACAUUUAUUACACACAAAAAAGUAAAACAUUCCAAUAUUAACACGUGCCACCAUUUGGGAAAGUUACAUAGUAAAGCAACUUUGGAAGAAAGCUUUCAUAAAUCAUGUUCUGACUUGUUACUUUUCCCCCCAUAAAUAUAAGAAACAAUGGAAAGCUUUUGAAGAGAAUGCUUUAUUUUCUUUUUUUCUUCAGUUUCUGUUGUAUCUUUUUGUGUAUGGAUUAGAACCAAGCAAAGUAAUGUAUGAAAAUGUGCAUACAUUCCAUCUUUAUACUGACUCACUAAAAGCUCCUGGUGUGAGGAUUUAGGGAUUCAGAGAGUCUUACUAUAUUGAGUAUACUGAGAGAAGAGUGGAGUGUCUGAAACAGGAAAAUGGGCUGGGUAAACUUGAGGUCUGGGGGAAUAUUUAUUUUAUAUGUUCGUUAUUCAUUGUGCAUGUCAACGGCUACUUUGAUUAGUUAGCACUGUUUUGGUUUCUUUGAACAGGAAAUUAUUUUGUGUGUGUGUCUUACCUGUAUAUGUUGACUAGGUUUUAAUUUUGAAGUGAAUUCUUACAGUGACUCCCUUUUUCGCAUCCCACUUCAGACUUGAGCCUGCUAAGUGCUAAGGGUUGAAAAUUGUGGAGUUGGUGUUUUGGUUUUUCUUUUAACUUUCUAUCUUCAACACCAAUUCAUUUAUCUUGAAUUAUUUCAUCUGGCUACCAGCAUGUUAUUUAUUCAUUUAAAGAACAAAUGUUUUGAAAAUCUAUUGCCUGGCACCAUCCAGGGUAUCGUGAUUUUAGUGGUGAACUGACCAGGCUGGGCUCUUGCUGUCCCCAUGGAGCUGCGGUCUAGUGGCAGUGACAAGGAAGGCAGUAGCAGCAGCUCUGAGCCCCACAGCUCCCAGCCAGCCGCCGGAGGAAGAGGGUUAAUCCAGUUGUGCGAGUGGUGACCCUUCUAGAAGUCUCACUGCGGCCCGAAGCUUUGGGAAAUGAGCCUUCGCUCUGAGGCGGGCUGAGAGGUCUCACAUGCCUGGCCAUAAUUCGCUGUGAACUUCUUAAGAAAAAAGAAAAAAAUCCAAAGCCCAUAGAAAGGUAUUUGAUUUUUGCCAUUUUAGUAAACUAUGAUGCCUACUCGAUGCUCAGAAAGGUGAAUCUAAUCAUGUUUUCAUGUGUGUUCCUCAACUUUGUUUCACAGUAUAUUAUUUUCUGAAGAUUUUCUUCAUAAAUGUUAGAUCAAGAUUUACCAGUAGGAAAAAACCAAGACAUUAAAAAACCAUUAAUGUUGUAAAUGUUAUAUAUGCUACUUGUGGUGAAAAUAUUUUUCUCAAUCAUGUUGUUAGUAUGGUUAGUUUUGCCUUAUGAAUGUUGACUCGACUAGCCUGUUUUUCAAUAACCUUUAUAAGAAACAAAACAAUCUUUUUUUGACACUAAGAUUGUUCAUUUUUAACACCAGUUGGUGGCACUAGAAACCUGAAAUUUUUCAAGGCUCUGAGCAAGAGCAAAUAAUUGAAAAUGUAUCCAAACAUGAAGAAUUUUCAGGAAAAUAAAAAUAUAAUUGUAUAUUAAAGAUGUAUUUUCUGGGAUGAGUUCUUUUUUAAAAUGCAUUUAUGCCUGUUCAUUUUGAUGAUGAUAAACCUUGUUUAUCUUCCAAAAGUUCAUGUAUAUAUAUGUAUGUGUGUAUGUGCAUUGUACAGAUAAAUCUUUAAUUUGAUUACACUGUUCAUUUUGUAAAUAUGUUUCUGUAUAAAAUGAAGCUUUUCAAUUCUAUGUAUAUAUUGUACUUAUUAAAUAGGUAAUGCCUGUUUACCAAGUUGUAUUUUAUAGCAUCUUUGAUUAUUUAUUUACAUACACCACUUGCUAAACAGACUGAUUCUCCAGACUGUUGGCAAGACUGAUUCAAAUUGCUUGAAUUUUCUUUUUUAAACUACACUUGAAAUUUUUGCUUUCCACAGCUGUCUUUAUUAUACCAAUUAUUAUUAGAAGUCAGUAGUAAGCAGUUUAAACUGAAUGCCAGGUUCUAUUUUAAAUUUGUCUUUAGAUUAUUGGUAGCAAACCUUGGCCUUUUACAAAAGGCAAAUUUUCACAUGCCUGUCUUCACAUAGACAUUUUCACAUGUCUGUGUGAGAAUUUCUCAUUGAACUGGGUGAGCCAGCAAUAUCUUCACAUUUUCCAUGAAACUAUGUAACUUUCCCAGAUUAUCUAGCUUUCAUAAUAAAGAUCUAAUAUGUUCAAUAAAAAUAUAUUGAAAUGGC